AUGUUAAAAGAGAAUAACAAUAUUGUCUGUAACACUAAAAAUUCGUGCAUAUUCAAUGCAACUGCAUGGGGUGAUGCUCAUCGUUUAUCAAAUAUCGUUUUGAUAAUUAUGGUUAUAGUAUUGGGAAUCAUCAUUGUAUUCACCAAAGUAUUGCACACUGCGUAUACAAGGAAUACAAUCAUUUUGAUUAUAACCGUUAGUCAAACAUAA